UUGAGUAGUUCAGGUCAAAGUGAAAGUAAACGGCUAAUCAAAUUUUUUGAUUAAAUAAUUCCCCUAAACUGCUAAAACGUUAUGUAAAAGAAUAAAGACAAAUUAGUAACAGAUUUAUUAAGUGCUGAAUUGAAUAAUAAAUAAAAUGUUUUAUAUAUGAAUAUACAUACGUGUACAUUGCAAUACAUAUAUGUAUAUAUAAUAAAUUACACACAAUUAUAGAUAUUGCGAAAAAUGUAUCCUGGUCGGAGAAAAAAAUAGAGGUCAAAGGAGAAACAUUGAUUUUACAAUUCAUUUAUUAUUUAACUCGACGUUUUGCCUGAAUUUACUAGCAACAUCGAUACUCUCUCCCUGCCUACUUCAUAAUUGUUAAUACUUACAUACAUAUGUACAUGCAUAGUAGCAGCCCCAUUAGAAUUUAAAGUGCUAUUGUACCUACACUUCUACAAUAAUAUAAUACAUAUAUACAUAUACAUAUAUAGUGAAUUUGAAAAAAAAUAAAAAACAACUAUACAAGUACAUCUAGUUUACUCGUAUGUUAGUUAUUUCGUACUGUACCCACCAAAACCACAAUAGAAACGACGACGACAACAACAACAACAACAGCAGCAACAACAACGAAACUCCUUAUACCAAAUAUAGAAAAAAUACGUAAAUACGUACAUACAUACAUACAUAUGUUCGUGCCAGAGUCGUAAGGGAAUGCGGAAAAGCACAGCUAAAAAUCAAAAGUGCAAAGUUGAACGAAAUUAGGUGCAACAACGACGCGGCCAACCAAGCAGAACACCCACCACCCACCACCACCACCUCCUUUCGAAUGAGAGAAACCUAAUUAUCUGUACUCCUGCACCGGUAUUCGAGGAUACAUAUAUAUGUACGUGCAUGUACGCAAUUAUUAAUUUAUAAUUAUAUGGUUAUUUCCGUAUACAACAACAACCAAACUUAUUGCUUGUAUUAAACUCAUAUGAUGUGCGAAUUUGUGCCAGUGUGUCAGAGGAUAUUUAUACUUUCUUACAAACACGUAAAUACAUACACACAGCGAUACAACCAUAAACUUUUUUCAUCGCAUAAAUAAGUGAAAGAAGAGGAAAUACCCAGUGAAAGAUAUGGUUAAGGACGGCUCUACUGACAGUGUGAUUAGCGUCCCGAAGGCAGAACGCACACACUGAUUUUUUUCGUAAGAAAAUGCACGUAAAACAUAAUCAAAGAAGAGUUAGUGGACCUGGAGCAUUCGGAACAUCCAAUAAUCAAUGCGAUAGCAGCGAAAAUUUGAAUAGCGAUCAACAACAGCAACACGCUCUCUAUCAGCAACAUCAGCAGCGUCUGUAUCAGCAACAGCAACAGCAGCAUCGACAGCAACAACAUUCACAUCCGCAUUUAUUGCGCCAGUCUCUGAUCAACCUUACAAGCGCGCACAACAUCUCGAAUAAUAUCGGUGUUUCGAAUACAUCGGAGCAACAGGGCACCAAUACUAGCGGUAGAAGUGGGGCAGUCGAGCCAUCGUCGUCGUCAUCACUCAACUACCCCAACGCCAACAGCAAUAGGAACAUAAGCACCACCAAUACAAACGUUAGUAAUACCUUACACAAAUACAUUUCCUGUAGUUGUGAGUCACUCAAAUGUGCCGUAUCAGCUGUAGCGGCCAAAGCAUCAAUAAAACGAUCGCGUCCUGGCGAACCCGAUAGUGAAUCUUUAAUCGACACUCAAAACGCAGAUUUUACUGACUAUAACGUAGCCUAUUUGGAUAUUAGUCAGACCGGGCAUAGUGCGGGUUGCCUUAGCAGCAGCAUUAGCGGUGGGGGUGGUGAUGAUCAACACUCACUGCGGAGCGAGUAUCUGUCAAGUCGCCUUAGUGGUGUUUCCAAACAGCAUUCAUACGACAGCAGUUGUAGCGGACAAUUGCACGGCUUGACCUUAACCGCCAAAGAGCGAUCUAGUCAAAAUCAACAACAGCAACAGCAACAGCUACAGCAACAGCAACAACAAUUAGACUGCACCAAUUCGACUCGUGUGCCAAGCAGUCCGAUCAGUUGUGCAAACAGUAACUAUAGUAAUCAAAGUAAUAUCAGUGCGGGGACUGGUGGAGGAGGAGGUGGUGGUGGCGUCGGUGGCGGAGAAGGAGUAGGAGGUGUUGGUCCGUCCACCAUAUGUGACGCCUACCAGGACUUUAGUCAUUACCCGACCACAAAUAGCAAUAGCACAAGUUAUGGCAACGACUUCAAUGACGAUUUUAAGCAUAUAGUCGUACAUAAUUUCAGCAACUCCGAUCCAAUAACACGCUAUAACGUUUCAAGUGGUGAUUGCGGCGGAGACGGUGCCACAAGUAUCAACAACACAUUAACUGGCACAUACUGUUCGCCCCUCAAGCCGCAUUACAGUGAUUGCAAUAUUUAUGCGAAACAGCAAGCGGAAUAUUUUUCGAAUUUAAAAAGUGAUUUUGAUCAGCACGCGCAACACGGUGAUAAGCAGCAGUUAGUAAAUAAGACAUACAUAUUCAAGUGUCUCGCUAAUAGCCCUUCAUUUCUCAGAUCCACUAAGAUUAAGGAACAAUCGAAGAAACUCCGCAAUUUGUCGCUGAAAAAUCGUACGGCCAAGAAGAAGGGACAAAUAAUAAGCAAGUCGAAUGCGGUUUCCGAUAAUUCCCUACAUCCAGGAGACAAAUACCUCAAUUUAUAUUUAGUCGAGAAGAAAAAUUCCCAACAACAAUUGCAACAAUAUCAACAGCAACAACAACAGCUGGAGCAACAGCAAUCGCAAACAGGGCGAUUAGUUACAUCGGACAGUGGGUCGAAGACGCCGUCGCUUACAGCUGGACGGCAACAGUUGCAGCAGCAACUGGAACAGCAACAGCAACAGCAACAACAAGAUCAACAAACUGUAGUUGCAGCGCUAAGCAGAAACCUACAACAGCAACAACAACAGUGCCUCGUUAACGGUUCGGUGCGAACGCAUCCCACAUAUCGACAUCAGUCCUCAAUUAAACGCGAUUCGAAAGACUAUAGCGGUACACUUACGCCAACAGCAUCAACAACGCAUAGAAAUUCAAAAGUCAGUAAUAGCAAUAACAACAAAAGCUGCAAUCUGAACAACAACGGCAACAAACUAAGCGUUAGCACGAAUUCGUGCAACAAAUUGCACGUGGCAGCGGCGGGUACACAUCCAUAUGCCACAUCGCCCAAGAGUUCGCUAUCGAGCAAUGGACAUUUAAACAAAUAUUGUCUGACGGACAUUAGUCGUCGACGGAAGGCGGCGUUUAACCGACAACUUAGCGCACCAACAGAUUAUACACAUUCUUCCAAUAACAGUAACGGCAACGGCAACUUCAACGGGAACGGGAACGGUAACGGCGGCUCAAAUUCAGCUACAGAAGCCGCCUGCGAGUCAACAUCGACAGUAGCCAGUGCCGGCGUGGGCUCGGUGGCAGCAAAAGCGUCCGUAUCGCUACAGAAUUCCGUUUUAAUAAAACCAACGUCCACAUCCAAUUCGUGCACGAACAGUUUUAAUCGGCGACAUAUUAAGCGGCAAAAGAAUAACAAAUUAAACGAGAGAUUAAUUCAUGGAGACAGUGACGAGUCUGUACGCUGUUCGUAUUGCUCCGUUUUGAAUGAGAACGACUUACGUAUAUCUUUCGAAAAUACCUGCACCGAUUCUCUAGUGACAGCAUUCGAUGAUGAGGCUUUAUUAAUAUGCGACCAAGGAAACGAAAUGGCAAGAACAAAGGUUCACUUUGAUGACGUGUCGUUAUAUGGGACUCCGAAAGAGGAGCCAAUGCCUUCCAUCCCCGUUGUUUCGGAAAAGGUUUCUGCAAAUUUUUUAAAAAGUCAAUUGCAAUCAUGGUUUCAACCGACAGACAAUCGGUUGGCUAUGAAAUUAUUUGGCAGCCGGAAGGCGCUGGUCAAAGAAAGAAUACGGCAGAAAACUUCCGGACAUUGGGUAAUUCACCCUUGCAGUUCAUUCAGAUUUUAUUGGGACCUUUGUAUGCUUUUAUUAUUAGUAGCAAAUCUUAUAAUCCUGCCAGUCGCAAUAUCAUUCUUUAAUGAUGAUCUGAGCACAAGAUGGAUUGCCUUCAACUGCCUAAGUGAUACAAUUUUUUUAAUAGAUAUUGUAGUCAAUUUUAGAACAGGUAUAAUGCAACAAGACAAUGCAGAACAAGUUAUACUGGACCCUAAGCUUAUAGCUAAGCAUUAUUUAAAAACAUGGUUUUUUCUGGACCUAAUUUCUUCGAUCCCUCUUGACUACAUUUUUUUGAUUUUCAAUCAAGACUUCUCCGAUUCCUUUCAAAUACUUCACGCGGGACGUGCUCUACGUAUCUUACGUCUGGCCAAGUUACUUUCUCUCGUUCGAUUGCUACGUCUUUCAAGACUUGUGCGAUAUGUUUCACAAUGGGAGGAGGUAUAUAUUCUGCAGAAUUUGCAAAAAAAAAGUGCUGAUCGAAGAGGGAGAAUGCAUAGAAAAGACAAAGAUGGCUUGACUAAAAGCAACCUCAUUUUGAAGUUCCUUAACAUGGCAUCCGUCUUUAUGAGGAUCUUCAAUCUGAUAUGUAUGAUGCUAUUAAUCGGCCACUGGAGUGGCUGUUUACAGUUUUUAGUGCCAAUGCUACAAGGUUUUCCAUCAAACUCAUGGGUAUCAAUCAACGAAUUACAGGAGUCUUAUUGGCUAGAGCAGUAUUCUUGGGCUUUAUUUAAGGCGAUGUCGCAUAUGCUUUGCAUAGGAUAUGGCAGAUUUCCACCACAGUCAUUGACUGACAUGUGGCUAACGAUGCUUUCGAUGAUAUCAGGAGCCACUUGUUAUGCUCUUUUCUUGGGUCAUGCGACCAAUUUGAUACAGAGCUUGGAUUCGAGCCGACGGCAAUAUCGUGAAAAGGUGAAGCAGGUGGAGGAAUAUAUGGCCUAUCGGAAGCUACCACGUGACAUGCGCCAAAGGAUUACGGAGUAUUUCGAGCAUCGUUAUCAAGGGAAAUUUUUCGAUGAAGAAUGUAUACUUGGUGAACUUAGUGAGAAAUUGCGAGAAGAUGUAAUCAAUUACAAUUGUAGAUCUCUUGUUGCGUCUGUGCCUUUUUUUGCAAAUGCUGAUUCAAAUUUUGUUUCUGAUGUAGUUACGAAACUGAAAUACGAAGUCUUUCAACCAGGUGAUAUUAUUAUAAAAGAAGGUACAAUUGGGACAAAAAUGUACUUCAUUCAAGAAGGUGUCGUUGAUAUCGUCAUGGCGAACGGAGAGGUUGCAACUUCACUUUCUGAUGGCUCAUAUUUCGGUGAAAUCUGCCUAUUGACGAAUGCCAGACGAGUGGCCAGUGUACGCGCAGAAACCUAUUGCAAUUUAUUUUCGCUAAGUGUGGAUCACUUCAAUUGCGUUUUGGAUCAGUAUCCUCUAAUGAGGAAAACUAUGGAAACGGUUGCGGCAGAACGACUAAACAAAAUUGGGAAGAAUCCAAAUAUUAUGCAACAGAAGGAUGAGCAAAUUAGUAAUCCAGAAUCAAACACUAUAACCGCAGUAGUCAACGCUUUAGCUGCCGAGGCAGACGACUGUAAGGACGAUGAUAUCGAUAUCAAGGAGAAUUUGCUUCACGGCUCGGAGUCCAGUUUCACAGGACCAGUUCAAACGAUACGGGAAGGGCUACCACGGCCACGUAGCGGUGAGUUCCGUGCACUUUUCGAGGGCAAUACUCCAUGACACUGAAGCCUGGAACAAAUUGGUACAUAACAAGAACAAGAACAAACAAUGCAAUAGCAAUUACUGCAUGUGCUAUACCGAGGGCGACGAAGACGAGCAACAAUAUGAUAAUGAUAAAGCGUCAAUAGGAUGUACAGGCAUCCAUACAUACAACUAUAAUACGUGAAUAAUCACACAAAGACACACACUUAAACAUAUUGUAAACAUGUACUCGUACUCGUUAUGAAGAAACUAAUGUCCUCAGCAAUUAAUCAUAAUUUCAGCUCCGCUAACUGUGAUGACUUUAAUAAUAAGAAUCGAAAUUUGAAAACUGGUGAACUAACUCUAUUACAUAAAAAAAAUUCAUACACACACACACACACACACACGCAAACAUGAAAUUAACUUAAUACAUACAUACGUACAUACAUAAAAUCGAGUAAAACCCCAUAUUAGUUAUAAUUAAAUAAAAUGUAGUAAAAUAAUUAAAACCAAAUAUAUGAAUAUAUGUAUAUACAGAUACAUAUAUAUAUAGCAUAUAUAUAUCUAUAGAUUAUAAAUCACUCGCUAGUGUACAGGUUAUUUAAGCAUAUAACGACGACGAUGGCGACUCGAAGAGACUUCAACUACACUAUAGAAAUACAAACAAAUUUUGAAAAAUAAAUAUAAAAAAAAUAGUAUCAUAAAUCAAAACUAAAGCAAGAAAAAAAAAUGCCCUACCAUACUAUGCAAAUAAAAGCAAUUUGCAUGUUUGAAACACGCUGCAUUGCAAUUUAAUAGCAUUGCGAUUAUUACUAAUGUUAUAGCCGAAACAAAGUUAAUUUACACAAUGUGCAACAUUCAUUAUACUGACAUAUAAGUAGAUAUAACGUAGCCUGAGCAAGGAAACAAAAACAGAGAAUACAAAAAAAAAAUUCACAACAAAAAAAUCGAAAAAUAGAGCGAUCAACUAGUGUCAUGCAUACCAAAUAUUGUAAAACAACAAUACCUAACACAACCUCGUUCAAACAUACAUACACGUAUAUACACUUACCUAAACAGACAAAAGCAAACAAAACACAACUAAAAACAGUGCAUCCAUAUAAACAAAAAUAACAGUAAAUUUAAUAUAGAGAAAUGUUGUCUUUUUAUAGCAAGCUGUUAUAUUUUUUUAGUUGAAACGAAAUAUUGCAAGUUGUAUUUGUUUAAACUUAGAUCAGCGCGAUGUACUCUGGCGACAUAACUCGAAGUGAUGAGAAAGAAAAGUGAUGGACAUAUAAAAAAAAGCACAUAAAUACACACACACACAUAUGUUAAAGUAGAUUAAAAUCAUCCAAACGAGACAAAGAGACAGAUUAUUGAGUAUCUUAGUAUUUUAUUACACGUAAACUAAUAAAACCAGAAGGACAACGUUUGCCUUGAAACGAAAAA